UAAACGGUCGGGUCUUAAGGUUAAAGUCAUUGUUGGACAAAGAGGACCCUCUGCAGGCAUAAAUAGCACGGUCCCUCCUAUUUCCCCUCAUCAGAAGAGCUCAGUUGCCAGCAGACACAAAAGCCCGCAGCCUGCAAGGACGCUGCAAGACAACACCAGUAAAGGACGGAAAACAUGAGUCUCGUGAGCAAGUUCUGCAACUUCGUCCUGACGGCGCUAUUGAUUGCGGGUUAUUGCAGCUGUCUUCCCUUGAGCGAAGAUGCUAUUUGUACCGCAGAAGAGAUUGCUAAGUAUAGCAUCAUCUUUACCGGCAAAUGGAGCCAGGCGUCCUUCCCCAAACAAUACCCCUUGUACAGGCCCCCGGCACAGUGGUCAUCCUUGUUAGGAGUGAGUCACAGCCCUGACUACCACAUGUGGAAAAGGAACGACCAUGCCAGCAACGGAAUGAGGGACUUUACAGAGAAAGGGGAAGCCUGGGCCUUAAUAAAGGAGAUAGAGGCAGCUGGAGAGAAGAUCCAGAGUGUCCAUGGCAUUUUCUCUACCCCAUCCAUGUCCAGUGGGACCGGCCAUUCAUCAACGGAGUUGGAGGUCCACACUAGGCACCCUUAUAUUUCUUUCAUGGUGAGGAUUGUACCGAGUCCAGACUGGUUCGUGGGAGUGGACAGCCUAAACCUGUGUGACGGGAAACAAUGGAAACAGUCCAUAACACUAGACCUCCAUCCCUACGAUGCUGGAACAGACAGUGGAUUCACCUUCUCUUCUCCAAACUACGCCACCAUCCCCCAGGGAACUGUCACAGAGAUUACAUCUUCCUUACCAAAUCAUCCGGCAAACUCAUUCUUUUAUCCCCGACUAAAGAGCCUACCGCCAAUUGCAAAAGUGACAUUUACAAAACUCAAAGGCAAGAUAAUGUCCUUUCUUGAUAUCACAUCAAACGUGACGAAUACAGGAAACGAAAUAGACGAAAAUAUCUCAGGAACACCUCUGGAUUGUGAGGUCUCUGUCUGGUCCUCCUGGGGUCUCUGUAAAGGCAGCUGCGGGUCCAAGGGGUUGAAGACCAGGACCAGGUACAUACGCAUGAAAGCAGCCAACAAUGGAACGGCCUGCCCAAUACUCACAGAAGACAGAGAAUGUGAACCAGAAAACUGUGUUUAGGAAAUAGUUUGGUAUUAACUUAUUUUAGGAGUAGAAUCAAAGUAUUAAUUGUAAAUGUUAUCCAAGACAAUAGAAAUUAAUUAUGUGACGGUUAUCUACCAGCAGUGUCUUGAAGUUUAUGAUUAAUACAGA